CCCUCCAUCUUGACCCAAGACUAGGAGUUUACCGUUUCCGCUCAAAACACCCGUGAGGCCAUGAGUGCCUUGUACGCAUCAGGUUUUUAAAGGGGACGGAUACAUAUAUUAAUCGGAUCCGUUGAUGGCCGAUUUACCGCUCCACCCAUAGAUGCGCAGCAUAUUCCAUCUCUCGAGUUAAUCAAACAUCUCAAGCACAGGCCGCAUAGAGAAGAACAACGACGACGACGAAGCAGCCAAAAGAGGUGCAGAAUUCGAAAUGUUGUUGAACAUGGAGAUAAACUUGGGAUGAACAUGCCAAAAAGCACGCUCUGUUAUGUCAGACAUGAAGCGUUACGUUUCCAUCAAUGAUGAUGAGCUCUCGCAAGAUCUUUACUGUGAUAACCGUAUAUCAAACAGAAAAUAUACCUUAUUAAACUUUCUUCCAAAGAAUUUAUGGGAACAAUUCAGUCGGUUCAUGAAUCAGUACUUUUUGCUGAUUGCCUGCCUUCAACUGUGGCCACUGAUUACUCCAGUAAAUCCUGCAAGUACAUGGGGUCCGCUCAUUUUUAUAUUCGCAGUUUCAGCAACUAAAGAAGGAUGGGAUGACUAUAAUAGAUAUCUCUCUGAUGAGAAAGCAAAUGAGAAAGAAGUUUGGGUUGUCAAGCGGGGCAUCAAAAAACUCAUUCAAGCCCAGGACAUUCGUGUUGGUAAUAUUGUAUGGCUUCGUGAGAAUGAUGAAGUGCCAUGUGAUCUUGUUCUAGUUGGUACCUCUGACCCACAAGGUCUCUGCUAUGUUGAGACGUCUGCAUUAGAUGGUGAAACUGAUCUUAAGACGAGGGUGAUACCCUCUGCUUGCAUGGGAAUUGAUGUUGAGCUAUUACACAAAGUCAAGGGUGUAAUUGAGUGUCCUAAUCCAGAUAAAGACAUUAGAAGAUUUGAUGCAAAUUUGCGGUUGUUUCCUCCUUUCAUUGACAAUGACUUGUGUCCUCUAACGAUCAAAAACACAAUUCUUCAAUCAUGCUACUUGCGGAAUACUGAGUGGGCUUGCGGAGUUGCUGUCUACACAGGCAAUGAAACAAAGCUGGCUAUGAGCAGGGGUGUACCUGAACCAAAGCUUACAGCUAUGGAUAUGAUGAUUGACAAGCUGACGGGAGCAAUAUUUAUUUUCCAGAUAGUGGUUGUUAUUGUUCUAGGCAUAGCAGGGAAUGUUUGGAAGGAUACUGAAGCAAGAAAGCAAUGGUAUGUUCAAUAUCCAUCUGAAGGCCCCUGGUAUGAACUGCUGGUCAUCCCUCUACGGUUUGAGCUUCUUUGUUCAAUCAUGAUACCCAUAUCUAUAAAGGUCUCUCUGGAUCUUGUUAAGAGCAUGUAUGCAAAGUUUAUUGAUUGGGACAAUGAGAUGUUUGACAUUGAAACUGGCACACGAGCCAAUGCAGCAAACACAGCAAUUAGUGAGGACUUGGGACAAGUCGAGUACAUACUGACUGAUAAAACUGGAACUCUUACUGAGAAUAAAAUGGUCUUUAAGAGAUGUUUUAUUGGUGGUAUAUUCUACGGGAAUGAGACUGAGGAUGCUCUGAAAGAUAUGGAGCUACUCGAUGCUGUUGUCAGUGGGUCUCCAGAUGUUAUUAGAUUUCUUACAGUUAUGGCUCUAUGUAAUACAGUGAUACCUAUAAGAAGCAAAAGUGGAUCAAUCAUGUAUAAGGCACAAUCUCAGGAUGAGGAAGCUCUUGUUCGCGCUGCUGCCUGUUUGCAUAUGGUUUUUGUCAAUAAGAAUGCAAAUAUUCUUGAAAUCAAUUAUAAUGGUGCAAUGGUACAGUAUGAGGUAUUAGACACUCUGGAGUUCACUUCUGAUAGGAAACGAAUGUCAGUAGUGGUGAAAGAUUGCAAAAGUGGAAAAAUCAUGCUUCUAUCAAAGGGGGCAGAUGAAGCUAUUCUACCCUGCGUGAAUACUGGACAACAAACAAGGAGUUUUUCUGAAGCUGUAGAACAGUAUGCUCAAUUGGGACUGCGGACAUUAUGUCUGGCUUGGCGUGAAUUAGAGAAUGAUGAAUAUCAAGAAUGGUCUUCGAUUUUUAAAGAGGCUAAUAGCUCAUUGGUGGAUAGAGAGUGGAGAGUAGCUGAGGUCUGCCAAAGACUAGAGCAUGGCUUUGAAAUCCUUGGGGUUGCCGCCAUAGAGGAUCGGUUACAGGAUGGUGUACCGGAAACAAUUACAACACUUAGAAGAGCAGGAAUAAACUUUUGGAUGCUAACUGGAGACAAGCAGAGUACUGCUUUACAAAUUGCUCUGUCGUGCAAUUUAGUAUCCCCAGAACCCAAAGGACAGCUUCUGUUGAUUAAUGGAAAAACUGAUGAUGAAGUAUGUAGAAGUUUAGAGAGGGUUUUGCUUACAAUGAGAAUAACAAGUUCAGAACCCAAGGACGUGGCUUUUGUCAUUGAUGGCUGGGCUCUUGAAAUUGCGCUUAGGCAUUACAGAAAAGCAUUCACUGAAUUGGCAAUUUUGUCAAGGACAGCUAUAUGUUGCCGUGUUACACCAUCUCAAAAAGCGCAGCUGGUGGAUAUCAUAAAAUCAUGUGAGUACAAAACUCUGGCUAUUGGGGAUGGUGGGAAUGAUGUGAGGAUGAUACAACAAGCUGACAUUGGGGUUGGCAUUAGUGGGAGAGAAGGACUACAGGCAGCAAGGGCAGCUGACUACAGUAUUGGCAAAUUCAGGUUUCUGAAAAGAUUGAUACUUGUCCAUGGGCGGUAUUCGUAUAACCGCACAGCAUUUCUGUCUCAAUAUUCAUUUUAUAAAUCGCUGCUGAUAUGUUUCAUCCAAAUCUUUUUCUCUUUUAUAUCAGGUGUCUCUGGUACCAGCCUUUUCAAUUCUGUCAGUUUGAUGGCUUAUAAUACUUUUUACACGAGUAUCCCUGUUUUAGUAAGUGUCUUGGACAAAGAUCUUAGCGAAAGAACUGUGAUGCAGCACCCACAAAUAUUAUUUUACUGCCAAGCAGGGAGGCUUCUUAAUCCUAGCACAUUUGCUGGAUGGUUUGGGCGGUCUCUGUACCAUGCAAUAGUUGUAUUCGUGAUCACUGUACAUGCUUAUGCCUAUGAGAGAAGCGAAAUGGAGGAGAUGUCAAUGGUUGCACUCUCUGGAUGCAUUUGGUUACAGGCUUUUGUCGUUGCAUUGGAGACAAAUUCCUUCACAAUAUUGCAACAUCUGGCCAUAUGGGGAAAUCUUGCUGGCUUCUAUAUCAUCAACUGGAUUGUUAGUACCAUACCAUCAUCUGGGAUGUACACCAUAAUGUUCCGCCUCUGUAGACAGCCAUCUUAUUGGACAACUAUGUUUCUCGUGGUUGCUGCAGGAAUGGGUCCGGUGCUAGCUCUCAAGUAUUUCAGGUACACUUACAGAUCAAGCAAAAUUAACAUACUUCAGCAGGCUGAACGUUUGGGAGGGCCCAUAUUGUCACUGGGAAAUAUAGAGCCGCAGCCAAGAUCACUCGAGAAAGAGGCAACUCCAUUGUUACUUAUUCAGCCCAAGAACAGAAGCCCGGUGCACGAGCCUCUACUAUCAGAUUCCCCGAACACCACUAGAAGAUCGUUUGGAUCAGGAACCCCAUUUGAUUUCUUUCAGUCCCAGUCAAGAUUGUCUUCAAGUUACUCUAGAAAUUGCAAGGAUAACUGAGUUUUUCGCUAAUUUUCGCCGUUGCAAAAAUAGGUUAGUACUAGGCGGCAUAAUUGAGCAGAAGUGGUGUUUUGGAUCAACCAGCACGGCCAAUGACACACAAAUUACCGUAAAUAUAGUCCAAUUUUUUUGCUCUCUCUAUCCAUUUGAGAGGCUUGUAAAAUUAAUCAUACAGUAGAGUACUUGUAGUACAAUGAACUGUGGUUAGAUGAUUUUGUACACCAAAUUGGAGAAUCAACUUUAAUAAUCAUUGCAGCAGAGAUGGUUUACAGUUAAAAA